GCCAAGCCCGACUAGCCUGGUGGAACUCACCACCGCGGCGAGAUCCAUUCCUUCCCCGCAAGACAGCGAGAGUCAGGACGCCACCAUGGGAUACAAACCAUUCCGUUCGACCUACUAUGACGACCGCAUGCGGGCAUCGCCGGCCCUGUUGCGAGCCAGAGCACCGUACAUUCUCAAAAACACAAUCAGCGGCGUCGCUAUCUGCGCCCUGGUUGUCGGCAUAUACUCCUACACGAUAAAUGCCAUCUCCCAGGACGAAUUCGAAGAUGUCGUGGUCCCCGACAAGCCUCUUGAUCGAUCUGCGCAGCAAUCGCUAGGCACCACCCAAGCCUUGCAACAGGCCGUUGAUGCGCGCAAGUAGAGGGCGAUAUUACCUUGUCAGUUGGGUGUACAAAUACAUGUAUGCAUUGGGCUGGCGCUAUAGGAAUCUUUCAGGGAAUACCACUUGCUCACCACUGGCCAUCAUUUUGUGCCGACCAAGUUUUGUCUGGAGUGACAAAGUUCGUGGAUAUCAAGUGUCUUUGCUCGAGCCCAAGUGGGCUCGUAAUCCGGAUUACCCGCAGAGAACAUAGGGUCUGGUCGCGUCCCGUAAACUGUCCAUAUCCACACGAUCGCUUCAUUCGCUUGCUUUCCCAAACCUCCGCUCUGUCCCAUGGAAUAGUCUAUGACCCUUCGCUCGCCUCGUUCUCGUUCUUCGUUUAGGUCGGCUCCCAGGUACUCAGUGACUUCGUAGCUCAGAAGUAUGAUGUAUUUCAUUUAUGAACCACAUCUCGUGGCAACGUAUGCUUGCCUAUUGUGGGCCUUAUUUACUUAGUUCUUAC